UAUAUGUGUGACAAUGCCGUGUAUUUCACACUAUUCUUAGUGUUUAUAAGUUUUGUAAGACAUGUAUUGAGUAAUAUAAAAGAGAGACUUAAUUUACCCGUCGGUCCCAUUGGCCUACCGCUGAUCGGCAACAGACCAUUGCUCGGCAAACAUCCCCACAAAGCAAUCGCUAAAUUGAGUGACAAAUACGGCUCUGUUUUCACUUUACAGUUAGGAAUGCAUAAUGUGGUCGUACUUAACGAUUGGGAGGCCGUGAGGGAUGCCUUUCAAAAGGACGCCUUUUUAGGCAAACCCAUUGAACAUCCAUUUGCUGCGGUGACGGGAACUAAAAGUAUUAUUGACGAGAAUGGGAUUGUAUGGAGAGACCAACGGAGGUCUGCCCUACAGGUGCUCAGAGACUUAGGCUUCGGGAAGGGCUCUAUGGAGGACAGGAUCACCGAUGAGAUCAGUUAUCUCACGAAACGUAUCGAUGAGACUAAUGGUGAGCCCAUGGAUAUACACGAAGUACUGGUGCCGAGUAUGUCCAACAUUGUCAGUCACCUGGUGUUUGGCCACCGAAUGGACUUCAAUGAACUCAAGAGACAGAUAUUCGACAAAUUCUUAGACCAAACUCAGAAUUUCUCAUUUAUUGGAGUCAUGGCGACGUCCCCCCUAUGGUUCAGUAAAUUGUUUUUUAUGCUAGGUGGUGCCAUUAAUCAAAAGGUGUUUGAUACUAUAAUGGGAAUUUAUGACUCUGAGAUAUCUAAACAUCAGAAGUCGUUUGAUGUGAACAAUAGAGUCAAUGAUUAUAUCGACGGAUACUUAGCGGAGAUGGAAGUGAGACAACGAAAGGAUCCCAACACUCACUUCACCCUGAAGAGAUUGAAUGUAAAUUGUCAGCUAUUUUUUGGGGCCGGCAGUGGGACUGUGAGGACGACUACUGAAUGGUUACUAUUAUUGUCCGCCAAAUACAGCGAACACCAGAAGAGGAUUCACGAAGAGAUCGAUUCUGUGGUCGGAAGAGAUCGGAGUCCCUGUUAUGCCGACAGACUUCAUAUGCCGUUCACUCAGGCGUUCAUUAACGAAGUGAUGAGAUAUAAGACUACAAUACCAUUGAAUCCUUGGAGAAGAGCAUUAGAGGACACGACAGUUUUGGGACAUUUCAUACCAAAAGACACUAUAGUUAUGGCCAAUAUAUGGGCCGUUCAUAACGACCCCAAAGUAUGGCAUAAACCGCAAGAGUUUAGUCCCAAACGAUUCCUCACAAGUGAUGGCAAAGAAUUGCUUAAAAUCGAUGCUUUAAUCCCAUUUUCAGUGGGUAAACGCAAUUGUGUUGUGGUUAUAAGUUUAGUGAUACAUGUGUUGAGUAAUAUAAAAGAGAGACUUAAUUUACCCGUCGGUCCCAUUGGCCUACCGCUGAUCGGCAACAGACCAUUGCUCGGCAAACAUCCCCACAAAGCAAUCGCUAAAUUGAGUGACAAAUACGGCUCUGUUUUCACUUUACAAUUAGGAGUGCAUAAUAUUGUCAUACUUAACGAUUGGGAAGCCGUGAGGGAUGCCUUUCAAAAGGACUCGUUUUUAGGCAAACCCAUUGAACAUCCAUUUGCUGCGGUGACCGGCACUAAGAGUAUUCUUGACGAGAGCGGAGGCGUAUGGAGAGACCAACGGAGGUCUGCCCUACAAGUGUUCCGAGACUUAGGCUUCGGGAAGGGCUCGAUGGAGGACAGGAUCACCGAUGAGAUCAGUUAUCUCACAAAACGUAUCGAUGAGACUAAUGGUGAGCCUAUGAAUAUCCACGAAGUACUGGUGCCGAGUAUGUCCAACGUUAUCAGUCACCUGGUGUUUGGCCACCGAAUGGACUUCAAUGAACCCAAGAGACAGAUAUUUGACAAAUAUUUAGACGAAAUACAGAAUUUCUCAUUUGUUGGAGUGUUGGCGACGUCCCCCCUAUGGUUCAGUAAAUUGUUUUUUAUGCUAGGUGGUGCCAUUAAUCAAAAGGUGUUUGAUACUUUAAUGGGAAUUUAUGACUCUGAGAUCUCUUCGCACGAGAAGUCAUUUAAAGCCAAUAAUAGAGUCAAUGAUUAUAUCGACGGAUACUUAGCGGAGAUGGAAGUGAGACAACGAAAGGAUCCCAACACUCACUUCACCCUGGAGAGAUUGAAUGCAAAUUGUCAGAUAUUUUUCGAGGCCGGCAGCGGGACUGUGCGGACGACCACUGAAUGGUUACUAUUAUUGUCCGCCAAAUACAGCGAACACCAGAAGAGGAUUCACGAAGAGAUCGAUUCUGUGGUCGGAAGAGAUCGGAGUCCCUGUUAUGCCGACAGACUUCAUAUGCCGUUCACUCAGGCGUUCAUUAACGAAGUGAUGAGAUAUAAGACUACAAUACCAUUGAAUCCUUGGAGAAGAGCAUUAGAGGACACGACAGUUUUGGGUCAUUUCAUACCUAAAGACACUACAGUUAUGGCCAAUAUAUGGGCCGUUCAUAACGACCCCAAAGUAUGGCAUAAACCGCAAGAGUUUAGUCCCAAACGAUUCCUCACAAGUGAUGGCAAAGAAUUGCUUAAAAUUGAUGCUUUCAUACCAUUUUCAAUGGGUAAACGUAAUUGUGUUGGGGAGUCAUUAGCACGAAUGGAUGUAUUCCUGUAUUUCGUAUCACUUCUCCAAAAAUACACAAUAAGUGCAGCAAAUGAUGAGAUGUUGACUCUGGAGGAAGAUUUUGGAUUAGCAUUAGAACCCAAACACAAACUUAUAUUUAACUUUCAAAAGAGGUUUUAAAUAAU